GAGAUAAAAUCUAUUCUAAAUAUUCACAAGCAUAAUCAAAUGUACGUGAAGAAUCCACAAAAAUGGCGCGUUGAUCUAUACGAUAUUCUAAAUAUAUUACAUAUUCUAAAUUGUUAUUAUUUUAUAUGUAAUUUUAUAUCUAUCUCUUCAUCUAUAGUUUUUCAUUAGUUUGCUAUGCGUUUGUAGUCCAAUAUAUAUAAAUUGCAUAUAAUAUAACUGUAUAUUUAAUAUAUUAAUAUGCAACUAUUAGAUAUAUCAAUUCUGGUUCAAAAAUUUAUUAAUAAGAGGUGUUGAGAUAAGUAUCUCUUGAAAAAAUUUAUUGUGAAAUAUAUUUAAAAAAAAGAAGAGUCCACGUGUGUUACUGAUCUGCAAUGUCAAACGAAACAUGUGCGAGACAAUGCAACAUAAGCGAAUUAAUGCGAGAAGAUACGGAUUCGGAAGUCUUUUUUCAAAAGUACACUUUAUCAGAAGAGACCACAGCGAGACUCGAAUCUAUCAGAGAUAUGAUGAAGGAUAAUAUUGCCCAGGCAAAUCCUCUGUGGAAAGUGAUAGCAAGAGAGAAUAAAGAAGAAAUAUGUUCAGAAAGUGAAAACAGCGAUAACGAUGAUGAAUCAAAUCAUAAUGAAUCGCAGAUGAUACAUGAUCAAUUAGUGCUACCAUCUACUCAAUUUUACUUUACGCAAACUGAGAGAACAUUUAUAGAAUCUGAAAAAUCUGUUACUGUAUCACCACAAAGAUGUGAUAUUUUAGAGUCUGCUUGUGAGAGUUUAGAACGAAAUAAUGGCAGACUAGACUUUGCUCAAUUAGAAAAUUUGUCCAAUGAAGAUCUUAUUCCAAUGGUAAAUGAGAUGGCAAAAAAAUUAAGUCCAAAGGGUAUUUAUAAUCUGUGUACAUCGUUAAACAAUAUGACUAUUGAACAGAGAAUAAAAUAUCUCAAUAUAUUGUGCACACAUUUGUUGCUGCCAAAGAUAAUUGAACUUGAGGAGCCAUCUCGUUUAUUGUCAUCUGCAAUUGUAGAAUGCAUUAAAAACUUUCCUGAUGAGAUUCAGCAGUUUAUAUUUGUUCCUCUUCUCAAUGCUGAGUUGAAAGAUACAAUGUUGAUCAUUACUAUUGUAAACACAUUUGAUCUGCAAAAGAAAAUAGUUCUUUUAGAAGAGUUUCUUACAUAUGUCAAGGAGUUAAAGCCAUGGCACUUAUCUAUAUUGCAAAAUUUCUUAUCUGUAAGACUGGAUCAUAAUAUGGUCGACAAAAUUACAAAAUUAUUUUCGGGAAAAGCGCUUUAUUAUUCUAAAGAUAAAACUUUUAGUAAACUUAUAUUAUCAUUUUUAAAAAUGAAUACAGAACUGUCACAAGAACAGAAAAAUGUAAUGGCCGAAGUCGUUGCUGUCAAUGAAACAUUAUUCAGAAAACCCAUGGAAAAUAUCUUAAAAAAUAUGUAGAUCAUUAAGUAAUAUUUAAAAAAAAAUUAAUAAUUAAAAAAAUGGAUUAUUGAUUAAAAUUUCUUCUAAUUAACAAA